AUGCUUACCUAUCUCUUAUUUCUCAUCAUUGCAGCUUCUGCAUUUUCCACACUUCAUGCUGAUGUGAGCAUCGAUUGUGGAUCAUCUGAACUUUUCAGCUCCGAUGACUACUCCAUCGGGUGGGUUGGAGACGACAGCUACAUUCAACAUGGUGAGUCAGUUCAGCUGCGAUCCAGCAAACCUAUAUAUGAACCGAUGGCCACUCUCAGAGUGUUCACUGACAGGAAGAAAAGCUGUUACAACAUCGAUUCCGCCAAGGGAUCUAAAGUUCUUGUCCGAGCGUAUUUCUUUUAUGGAAAUUAUGACGGGAAAUCAUCGCCUCCAAGUUUCGAUCUACAUUUUGAUGGGAACCACUGGACAACGGUGGAGACUUUAAGUGACCAACUUGUUUUCUACGAGGUUGUUUAUGUCACAAAGACGGAUACCAUUAGUGUAUGCGUUGCUCAGACAGCUCCUAACAUGUUUCCCUUUAUAUCGGCCAUUGAAGUUCGGGACUUGGACUCCAAAAUGUAUGCGGAUUUAGAUCUGAAUCGUGCUUUGAUGUUAAGGAGGAGGGUUGCUUAUGGUACCAAAGCAAUCAUUAGGUCUACCGACGAUGUUUACGAUAGAAUAUGGGUUCCGGCCGUCAACGCAGACGGUUUCACGGUGCUUACAAGUGCUGAAUUAUUCACUGAAGUUGGUAUAGACGAUAGCCCUCCUAGUGCCGUGUUUCAAAAUGCAUUUGCCGCUGACAGCACUUCCACAUCCAUAAGAUUAGGGACUAAUCUUCCCGCAACUGAAGUUCCCGUUUACAUGAACAUGUACUUUUCUGAAGUUUCAGUACUCGAUUCAACUGAGAUAAGAUCGUUCGAGCUCCGAAUAAAUGGAAAGUCUAGCUCAAAACCCUUCAUCCCAGUUUAUGCAAAAGCAGGAGAAAUGGUCCUGACAAACGAGACUGCCUCUUCCAGCACCAACUUCACUUUGGCAGCCACAUCUGAUUCAACACUGCCUCCUCUUAUCAAUGCCCUGGAAGUUUUUACGGUCAGCGAUGAGCUAACUGAUGGAACCAACAGUGAUGAUGUGGACGGAUUGGUCGCACUGCAGAGGGAAUUUGAUGUACUGGGAGACUGGGGUGGUGACCCUUGUCUUCCAGCACCCUACUCAUGGGAUUGGAUCAAUUGCACAUCUGGUUCCACACCCCGAGUAACAGCAUUGUAUCUUGGUAGCUUUGGUUUAUCUGGCCUUCUUCCUGAUUUUAGCUCAAUGACAAGCCUCGAGAUAAUAGAUUUACACAAUAACACCCUAAUCGGGUCUAUCCCAGAAUUUCUUGGCAGCUUGCCUAAUCUAAAACAAUUGAACUUGGCUAGUAAUGGUUUCAGUGGACCAGUUCCAUCCUCCAUAUCAAAAAAUAAAAAGUUAAAAUUAGUCGUUACAAACAAUCCAGAUUUAUGUACCUCUGGCAAAUCGUGUAAAACAGCGAGUGGUGUUGAUACAUCUGGUUAUGAUGGUUCCUCGAGCAGCGGCAAGAAAAAGAGCAAGCUACCAGUAAUCCUUGGUACCACGGUUCCAGUUUUUGUACUUUUCUGGGUUAUUGCUGGUGUUUGUGCGGUGCUUCAUCAUAAGAGAAAAUCAGCAGCCAUUGCAGCCGGUAAUGCAGUGCAAGCAGGAGGCAACAAGCCUUAUGGCAAUCCUCAAGCAGCGCAAAUGCAGAUGGCAGCUAAUAAUAAUAAUACGGCCCAAAACAUGGUUCAUGAUUUCAUGGUGAACGUCCAAGUCCAAGAGCCUGUUGACCAAAACAAUCAACAAAAUCUUAAUGAAGAGGGGAAUUCUUAA